AUGGCUCCCACAGUACACUCCGCCAAAUUGACACUCUCGUGUCCGCUCUUCGCUGCGGACUUUGACCCACGCGACAACAGUCGACUCCUAGUCGGCGGCGGAGGCGGCGAAGGGCGUAGCGGAUCUCUACUUGACACAUCGCAUCGCAACGAGAUCACCGAGGCCGUUGAACUGAACCUAUCGCGCGAUGAAGACUCGGUAACGUCACUGGCUGCGGCCCCGCUGGCUGGCGACGAGGCGGGCUCUCUUGUUGCUCUGGCUGGUAUCAAUAGCUCCGUGGAGCAACAGAAGAAGAACAACAAUCAACAUCUUCGCGCGUUUCGGUUUGAGGUACCGCGAAAGACCACCGCUGUUGCUGCUUCGAGUACACAGAGCGCCCAAGACAGCGAGAAGGCGAAAAAGGACACCCAGUCUGAGGAAGAGGUUACACCCGGAAAGGCUAUAGCUUUGUCGCAAGCAUCACUCUUCCGAACGAAGAACGGGCCAGGCUCUUCAGAUACAUACCAGCGAGUGACGAGACUCUCGCCGUGGCCGAAAGGGAAGGAUGGUACCGAGAAACACACACGGAUCGGAGCCGUCGCGACUGGACUAGCACAAUCCGGUGAGAUUGUGUUCUUCUGCGCCACAGAGAAGCCCAGCGAGAAGGAUAUCAUUGGCCGCAUCCAACUAAGCGGCAAUGAAGAGGCCGAGGAUCUGGACUUUGUCAGCCUCGAACACGACCUGGAAAAGACCGACAAUGCACACGGCCGUUUCCUUAUGGCAUAUACCAACGGCGCGGACGUCAUGGUCGGCGAUAUCUCAUCCUCUACCCGUUCUAACAGCUCGCCCGACGUCCGCUCUGUCUAUACCAUUCCUCUACCCGCUAGCGGAACCCGCACAGCACGGUCCAAGAUCCGCGCGCUGCGGUUCCUCUCGCCCAGGGUCCUACUCCUUCUCCAAAACGCCCCGAACCGGGGUGGAAGCGAGCUCGUCCUCCUUCAACUCCCCAGCUCCGAAUCGAGCAAAUCCAAAAUUCUACGACGUCGCAAGCUCCCUCGAACCGUGAAGAUCGGCCUAGGACUUGAUAUCUGCCAACUCGGAACAAAUCCGCAAGGCCAACAACAAACCGUCAUCGCAGUUAGCGGCAGCGACAACUCCAUUCCUCUAUUCACCCUGGAAUAUGGACCAAACCGCGGCUACAGCAACUUGCGCCCCUACACAACCCUCCGCGAUGUGCACCCUUUCUCAAUGACAAAACUCACCUUCUCAACCUUCAUCGCGCCCCCACACCCCGUAACCCCAGACGUCGGCCCGCAGAACAUAAAGCUCGCCUCCGUCAGCAUGGGCAACACAGUCGUCGUACACACCUUCCCACUAUCCCCCUUCCCAACCUCCUCUCGCACCCCCCGCUAUGUCCUCGUCACCCCUGGCCCCGCCGAGAUCUGGGAACUAGUCUACAGCAUCAUCAUUCUCCUCUUCUCCAUAUCGGCAAUCUGUCUAUCAAUGCUCGCCUUCGCCGAGAUCCGCGGCGGAACUCCGCCUAUCCUCGGCGCCACAGAGUGGCUCCCAGAUAGCAUUCGCGGAAUCAUCGCACGGGAAUACGUCCUACCCCCACGGGAUCAGCUGACGUAUUUCGAUACUCUUCUUGCUCCGCGUGACAGUGAUACCGAUAUCCCAGUGGCGACCAUUGUCUCCACAGACUCGCAGAUAGAAUCCCUCCGCGAAAUCCUGGACCGCGUACACCGCGCCGGCGCCGCGCCCGCUGAUCUGGAGCCUGUCGCACCACAGUCCCUUUCUGUUAUCGUGCGGUGCGGUGGCGGACACAAUGCCGAGCAGAGCGUAAUUAUCGAGACUGCUGCGUCCGCGUCUACGGACGAGCCUGAGAAGUCCGAGGAGGAGAAAUUGCAAGCUUGGAACGAUCUUUCUGCGUCUGAACAGGGUGUUUGGAAACAGAGGCUUAUUGAUGCGGGACGUUGGACGGUUUCUGAGGGAGAGAGUGUCCUUAUUGGGGUUUUGUUUAGUGAGGCUUGUGGGGGGUUGGGGAGGGCUGUGAGGGAAGAGUUGCCUUGA